CACCUCUUUAUCAAAAAUCAAUAUCUUGAACACUUUAUAAAGUGUCUUUAGAAAGAGAAUUUAAACUAAAUUUACGCCCAAGCCCCCUUUCAGACACGCAACCGAACCAGUACCACAGCUCGCGCCACUGCCGGAAUAUUUAUCUCCACCGUCUACCACCUUCAGUCAAUUAAAAUUCAAUGGAUACUAAUAAUUUGAGGUCUGAUCAAGAAGCUGAACCCAAUAUGGAUACUAGUAAUUGGAGAGGUGGAUUGAAGCCUGAAUCACGCCAAAGAAUUGUCAACAAAGUAAUGGACACAUUAAAAAGACAUCUUCCUGUUUCUGGUGAAGAGGGAUUGGAUGAACUUUGGAAGAUUUCCGAGAGGUUUGAAGAGAAGCUUUUUACUGCUGCAACAAGCCAGUCGGAUUAUCUGAGGAAAAUAUCUUCGAAGAUGCUUGCAAUGGAAACUAAAUCCCAGGGCACUAUGGCCACCAAUCUAACAUCAUCUUUGGAGAUGCUUACACUGGAGAUUAUGUCGCCGGACACUAUGGCCAACAAUAUAACAUUUAAUCAAGUUGACACUACUAAUGAGAUGAAGUAGAUUGAGACAUUUUUCAUGUUUUCUUUCAUAUGGAUCUACAUGAAAUGUCUCAUGUUUAUAUAGUGUGCUAUGUCGUAAACUCUAGUAAAGUAAGUCAUCGGUAGAGUCUGUUUCUUGCAUAAAUUUGUCUCAAAUUAACUAAACUAUAAACAUAAAGAAAGUCAUAACCAUUUGGAUUUUCAUCA